UAUGAAGCCGUAUGUCGCAUGGUGCGUGGUUUGUCGAAUGUGGGGUCGCGUGUUUAGGGGUUCAGGCUGCCACCUGAGCUCCUGUUUACGUGGUUAAACCAGUUGUACUACAACAAAUGGUGCGCGUAGGCUGCAGUUUAUUGUCCUGAUCCGCGUGCUAAAGCGUCGAGUGCGCCCCCUGCUAUGGCUUUCGUACGUGCUUUGGCGCGAGCUGCCUCUGAAGCUGGUCGCAUUGCGAGUGCUGCUCGUUUAAUCCCGCCACCACAGAGAGGAUUGCAUCAAGUCGCUCAUCAGGAAUCGCGUCUGUCUGCGACCUGUCUCCGCAGAGUCGCAGCGGAGCGUUCGCCGGCAUCCACUACUGUAGAUCGAAGUGUAGUGUACGUUCCUCCAGGCAUCAAAAGUCCCAUUACACUCCCAACUCUUCGGAGGCCAUGGGAUUACAAUCUUCCAUCCCUUGUGAAGCCCAGCACCGUCAUUGGAGACAGUAAGGUCAUAGCACCGUCUACGGACACUAAUUCUAAUGCCAUCGAGAAGACAGAUCCGCAACCGACGGCAAUCGUUAUUGAGAAGCGUGCUGUAAACAUGUUGAUUAUUCGCCGUAAAAAAAUGAAGAAACACAAGCUCCGGAAAUUGCGCAAGCGGAUGUAUUUUCUGUGGUCAAAGCGGAGGUAUCGAAUUGAGAAAAGCAAAGAGCAAGCUUUCAGGGCAGAACUUCUAGCUCAAAUCCAAGAAGCACGGGAGUUCGAUGCAGAAAAGUUUGUGAAGGGAGUGUUCGAGAAGUUGCGCAAUAGACCAAGGCCAGAGACUGCAGAAGAGCAAAGGGAAAAGCUGCUGGAACUGAUGCGCAAACACAGGAGCAAUGUCCAGUACAUCAAGCCAAAGCUUGACUGACUGUUAAUAAGAAAUUGAUUGUUUGUAUUUAGUAUCAAUAAAAUUAGGAUUGUGCUUUA